CCACCAUAUUGGUGUCACUGACUUCUGUGCUGCAUGAUAGCAAAGAAUUCCCCAACCCAGAGGUGUUUGACCCUGGUCACUUCCUGGACGAGAGUGGCAACUUUAAGAAGAGUGACUACUUCAUGGCUUUUUCAGCAGCUCUCCAAAGCCUAUGGCCCUGUGUUCACUCUGUAUCUGGGCAUGAAGCCCAGUGUGGUGUUGCACGGAUAUGAAGCAGUGAAGGAAGCGUUGAUUGAUAUGGGAGAGGACUUCGCUGGAAGAGGCAAUUUCCCCCUUGCAGAAAGAAUUAAUAAAGGAGAAGGAGUUGUUUUCAGCAAUGGAAAGAAAUGGAAGGAGAUUCGCAGCUUCUGCCUCAUGACUCUGCGGCAUUUUGGGAUGGGGAAGAGGAGCAUUGAGGACCGAGUUCAAGAGGAAGCCCGCUGCCUCGUGGAGGAGUUGAGAAAAACCAAUGCUUCACCCUGUGAUCCAACUUUUAUCUUGGCCUGUGCACCCUGCAAUAUAAUCUGCUCAAUAAUUUUCCAGAAUCGUUUUGAUUAUAAAGAUCCAAUGCUUUUAAACAUAAUGGAAAGAUUUAAUGAAAAUGUAUUGAUUUUGAGCUCUCCAUGGAUGCAGAUCUGUAAUAUGUUCCCUAUUCUCCUUGACUUCAUUCCCGGGAGUCAUAACAAAAUAUUUAAAAAUACUGCAUAUAUAAAAAGUUAUAUUUUGGAGAAAACAUUGGAACACAAAGCCUCUCUUGAUAUUAGUAAUCCUCGGGACUUUAUUGAUUGCUUCCUUAUCAAAAUGGAAAAGGAAAAACACAAUCAAGACUCGGAAUUCACUCUAGAAUCCUUGGCAGUUACUGUAUUUGAUCUGUUUGGAGCUGGGACAGAGACUACGAGCACCACCCUGAGAUAUGAUCUCCUCCUGCUGCUGAAGCACCCAGAGGUCACAGCUAAGGCGCAGGAGGAGAUAGAACGUGUGAUUGGCAGACACCGGAGCCCCAGCAUGCAGGACAAGGGCCACAUGCCCUACAUGGAAGCCUUGGUGCACGAGGUCCAGAGACACAUUGACAUCGUCCCCAUGCCCCUGCCCCAUGCAGUGACCCGUGACAUCAGAUUCAGGAACUAUUUCAUCCCCAAGGGCACCACCAUAUUGGUGUCACUGACUUCUGUGCUGCAUGAUAGCAAAGAAUUCCCCAACCCAGAGGUGUUUGAUCCUGGUCACUUCCUGGACGAGAGUGGCAACUUUAAGAAGAGUGACUACUUCAUGGCUUUUUCAGCAGCUAAGGCGCAAGAGGAGAUAGAACAAGUGAUUGGCAGGCACCGGAGCCCCAGCAUGCAGGACAAGAGCCACAUGCCCUACAUGGAAGCCUUGGUGAACGAGGUCCAGAGAUACACUGACCUGUUGCCCGGGAACCUGCCCCAUGCAGUGAACCUUGACACCAGAUUCAGGAACUAUCUCAUCCCCAAGCUCUCCAAAGCCUAUGGCCCUGUGUUCACUCUGUAUUUGGGCAUGAAGCCCACUGUGGUGUUGCAUGGAUAUGAAGCAGUGAAGGAAGCAUUGAUAGAUAUGGGAGAGGACUUUGCUCAAAGAGGCGAUUUCCCAGCCAUGGAAAGAAUUAUUAAAGGAGAAGGAGUUGUUUUCAGCAAUGGAAAGAAAUGGAAGGAGAUGCGCCGCUUCUGCCUCAUGACCCUGCGGCAUUUUGGGAUGGGGAAGAGGAGCAUUGAGGAACAGGUUCAAGAGGAAGCCCGCUACCUCGUGGAGGAGUUGAGAAAAACCAAUGCUUCACCUUGUGAUCCCACUUCUAUCCUGGCCUGUGCACCCUGCAAUAUGAUCUGCUCAAUAAUUUUCCAGACUCGCUUUGAUUAUAAAGAUCCAAUGUUUUUAAACAUAAUGGGAAGAAUCAGUGAAAAUGUCUCAAUUUUGAAUUCUCCAUGGAUUCAGAUCUGUAAUAUGUUCCCUGUUCUCCUUGACUUCUUUCCUGGGAGUUAUAACAAAUUAUUUAACAACAUGUCAUAUUUAAAAAGCUAUGUUUUGGAGAAAACAUUGCAACACAAAGCAUCUCUUGAUAUUAAUAAUCCUCGGGACUUUAUUGAUUGUUUCCUUAUCAAAAUGGAAAAGGAAAAGCACAAUCAAGACUUGGAAUUAACUCUAGAAUCCUUGGCAUUUACAGUACUUGAUCUGCUUGGAGCUGGGACAGAGACUAUGAGCACCACCCUGAGAUAUGCUCUCCUCCUGCUGCUGAAGCACCCAGAGGUCACAGCUAAGGCGCAGGAGGAGAUAGAACGUGUGAUUGGCAGACACCGGAGCCCCAGCAUGCAGGACAAGGGCCACAUGCCCUACAUGGAAGCCUUUGUGCACGAGGUCCAGAGAUACACUGACCUCCUCCCCACGAACCUGCCCCAUGCAGUGACCCGUGACAUCAGAUUCAGGAACUAUCUCAUCCCCAAGAUCUGUAAUAUGUUCCCUGUUCUCCUUGACUUCUUUCCUGGGAGUUUUAACAAAUUAUUUAACAAUAUUUCAUAUUUAAAAAGCUAUGUUUUGGAGAAAAUAUUGCAACACAAAGCAUCUCUUGAUAUUAAUAAUCCUCGGGACUUUAUUGAUUGUUUCCUUAUCAAAAUGGAAAAGGAAAAACACAAUCAAGACUUGGAAUUCACUCUAGAAUCCUUGGCAUUUACUGCACUUGAUCUGCUUGGAGCUGGGACAGAGACUACGAGCACCACCCUGAGAUAUGCUCUCCUCCUGCUGCUGAAGCACCCAGAGAUCACAGCUAAGGCGCAGGAGGAGAUAGAACGUGUGAUUGGCAGACACCGGAGCCCCAGCAUGCAGGACAAGGUCCACAUGCCCUACAUGGAAGCCUUGGUGCACGAGGUCCAGAGAUACAUUGACGUCGUCCCCGGGAACCUGCCCCAUGCAGUGACCCGUGACAUCAGAUUCAGGAACUAUCUCAUCCCCAAGCUCUCCAAAGCCUAUGGCCCUGUGUUCACUCUGUAUUUUGGCAUGAAGCCCACUGUGGUGUUGCAUGGAUAUGAAGCAGUGAAGGAAGCAUUGAUUGAUAUGGGAGAGGACUUCGCUGGAAGAGGCGAUAUCCCAGUCUUAGAAAGAGCUCAUAAAGGAGAAGGAGUUGCUUUCAGCAAUGGAAAAAAAUGGAAGGAGAUGCGCCGCUUCUGCCUCAUGACCCUGCGGCAUUUUGGGAUGGGGAAGAGGAGCAUUGAGGACCGAGUUCAAGAGGAAGCCCGCUGCCUCGUGGACGAGUUGAGAAAAACCAAUGCUUCACCCUGUGAUCCCACUUCUAUCCUGUCCUGUGCACCCUGCAAUAUGAUGUGCUCAAUAAUUUUCCAGACUCGCUUUGAUUAUAAAGAUCCAAUGUUUUUAAACAUAAAGGAAAGAAUCAGUGAAAAUCUCUCGAUUUUGAGCUCUCCAUGGAUUCAGAUCUGUAAUAUGUUCCCUGUUCUCCUUGACUUCUUUCCUGGGAGUCAUAACAAAAUAUUUAAAAAUAUUACAUAUAUAAAUAUUUAUAUUUUGGAGAAAAUAUUGGAACACAAAGCAUCUCUUGAUAUUAAUAAUCCUCGGGACUUUAUUGAUUGUUUCCUUAUCAAAAUGGAAAAGGAAAAACACAAUCAAGACUUGGAAUUAACUUUAGAAUCCUUGGCAGUUACUGUAUUUGAUCUGUUUGGAGCCGGGACAGAGACUAUGAGCACCACCCUGAGAUAUGCUCUCCUCCUGCUGCUGAAGCACCCAGAGGUCACAGCUAAGGCGCAGGAGGAGAUAGAACGUGUGAUUGGCAGACACCGGAGCCCCAGCAUGCAGGACAAGAGCCACAUGCCCUACAUGGAAGCCUUGGUGCACGAGGUCCAGAGAUACAUUGACAUCGUCCCCGGGAACCUGCCCCAUGCAGUGACCCGUGACAUCAGAUUCAGGAACUAUCUCAUCCCCAAGGGCACCACCAUAUUGACGUCACUGACUUCUGUGCUGCAUGAUAGCAAAGAAUUCCCCAACCCAGAGGUGUUUGACCCAGCCCACUUCCUGGAUGGGAGUGGCAACUUUAAGAAGAGUGACUACUUCAUGGCUUUUUCAGCAGGAAAACGGGUAUGUGUAGGAGAGGGCCUGGCCCGCAUGGAGCUGUUUUUAUUCCUGACCACCAUCUUACAGAAGUUUACCUUGAAGUCUGUUGUUGACCCCAAGGACAUUGACCCCACUCCAGUUGCCAGUGGGUUGACUUCUCUGCCUCCUCCUUACCAGAUCUGCUUCAUUCCUUUGUGAGGCUUCUGCUGUGAUGUCCACAUCUCCCACUCACCUGAUGCCCCUGUCAUCU